AUGGAAUUUGUACUCAGAUUAUUGCAAUUUAUUGUUAAAAUAGUUUAUAAUAUCGUAUACAUUGUCCUAGCUGUACUAUUUACACGAAAAAAGGAUGAAAAAAUUCCCGCCAUUAAGGAUAGACUGGUGACAAUACCCUUGGUGGAUAUUGUCGAAUUGAUGAGAACUAAAAGGUUAACCUCCCAAGAAUUAGUGAAGGCCUAUAUCGAACGUCUCAAGGAAGUCAAUCCCCAUAUCAAUGCCAUUGUCGAGGAUCGUUUUGAAGAAGCCCUAACUGAUGCCAAACGAGCAGAUGAUUUAAUAUUUAAAUGUGCAAAUAGUCAGUUGCCGCAAUUGUAUGCCCGGUAUCCUCUAUUGGGUAUACCAUUUACGGUCAAGGAGGCAUGUGGUUUAAAAGGCAUGUCUUUUGUUGUUGGUAGUCUUCAGCGUGUUGACACAAAGGCCAAGCGUGAUUGCAUAGCUGUGGAAAAUUUAAAAUCUGCCGGAGCUAUACCACUACUGGUCUCAGCAAAUCCUGAAUAUUGUUUUAGCAUAGAAACCAAUUCCUAUACAAAUGGUAAAUGUUUAAAUGCCUAUGAUUUUCGACGAACAUGUGGUGGUUCAUCUGGUGGUGAGGGCGCUUUGAAUGGCAGUGGUGCCACUCUAUUUGGCAUUGGUUCGGAUAUUGCUGGUUCCAUACGUAUUCCGAGUUUAUUUAAUGGGGUAUUUGGUCAUAAACCCACCGGAGGUUUAAUACCCAACAUAGAGGUAUUCCCUUCAUCGGAUGAUGAGGAAUGUAACCAGUAUUUACAAACAGGUGUGAUCAGCAGAUUUGGUUCAGAUUUGGGACUUAUAUUGCAUAUUAUGGCUGGUGAACAUGCCCGAAAAUUGGAAUUUGUACAUCCAAUUGAAACGAAGGAUAUUAAGAUAUUUUACUCCCUGGGCUUCAGUGGUCUCAAUGGCAUUUGCCACUAUGGUGUUACAGCGGAAAUACAAAUUGCCAUACUGAAAGCUGUAAAAUGUUUGCAACAAUCGGGACUAACUACCCAAAUAGCCAACAUUAAGGGGUUGGAAAAUUCAACAGAAAUUGCAUUUAGUGGUAUUGCCCGCCUCAAAAAAUUGCCUCUACUAAUGGAUGAAAAUACGAGCGUUAAGGAAUUGCUACAAGAACUAAUGAAAAGCUAUGUGAAAAAAUCUAAAUACACUAAGGAAGGUCUAACAUUUGAGUUACUGCGACGUACCAAUGCAUUUAUGAAUUCUGAAAAAUUAAUGAAAUACAAAGAAGAGGGUCAGAAGUUAAAGCAGGAAAUUAUUAAUUUACUCGGCAACGAUGGUGUUCUUUUCUUCCCCACCUUCCCCGUACCGGCAAUACAUCAUCACACAUCAUCUUUGGCCCAAUGGGGUAUAGACUAUUCGCUGUUGUUCAAUAUCUUGGGUUUACCUUGUACCCAUAUUCCAAUGGGUGUAGAUGCUGAUGGUAUGCCAGUGGGUUUCCAGGUAAUUGCUGCCCCUUUCAAGGACAAGCUGUGUCUACAAAUUGCUGGUGCUUUAGAAAUGGCAUUUGGUGGCUGGACUCCACCGGUUAAACAUGCAUUUUCUUAG